AUUCCGAAAGUUACUGUUAUUUACCCUCAGAAAAUUUUUCGAGUCUCAAAAAUUACUUAAAAUUGGCCAAAAUAUUGUUUGAUUAUACUUUCUAAAGACUUUUUCCGUCACAACUAACACACAAUGCAAAACGUAAACUUGGUUCGCAAUCAGGUGCAUCGUAUUUGCGCACAAUUUAUUGCCGCGCGCUCCUUGUCUGGCACAAAUUCGCUAAAUGGCCCGCACGAAGGCGAACAUCCAACGCCCAUGGUUGACAUGGAAGAUCAUUCGCUCCCGAUUCCCGAAUACAAAGAUAAGCAAAAUGAACCCCUGAAUUUGCGGCGACAACGUCUCUUGUACCAAUCACGCAAACGGGGAAUGUUGGAGAAUGGCUUGUUGUUGAGUACGUUCGCUGCGAAACAUUUGGAAAGUUUCAACGCCGAGCAAGUAGCGCUCUACGAUAAAUUGAUCAACUUACCGACGAACGAUUGGGACAUCUUCUAUUGGGCGACCAAAGUGAAGCAAGUUCCGCCGCAAUACGACAACGAAAUAAUGGUGAUGUUGCAACAGCACGUCGCCAAUAAAGAUAAGGAAGAACGAAUUCGACAACCCGACCUCCAUGAAGGAAAAGCGAGUGCCUAAAAGGACACAAAUUUGUUCGAGGAAAUGAAUGAAAAUUUCGGUUUUGUCGAUUUUGAGAGUCGAAAAUGACGAAUUUCAUUCAUUUUCUUAACGGGAAAGUUCAUAAAAUUAUUUUAAGAGUUAAAAAUUAUGAAAAAUUUGAACAUUUUUGAAAAAAUUUCAAAUUCAGCAGAUUUAUGUAUUCAGCAAAUUUUAGUAUUCAGCAAAUUUUCUGAAAUUUGAUUUUCUUU